AGUUGUAUAAAUGGCGAACGGUGAAGGUGAAAAUAGUGAGUUAAGUUGGAAGAGCAAAGCGGAGCUGUUGGAGAGGAAGUACCAGGAGCUGAAGGAGGAGUACAGCAAUCUAGAACAGACUAGUAAAGAGGUCGAGAGUGAACUGGAGGACUUCACCAGGGUGCUGGAGGACCAGAACUCGAAACUCAACUCCGAGAACACCAGAAUCAAAACCGACUUAGAAAAGCUACGACAGAGGUACGGUGAGGUGCAGAAGGAGAACAAUGAGCUGAUAGGGAUACGAGACAGACAGGAGGUGAAAUUGGGGGAGCUGGGAGAGAGGGUGCGGCAUCUGGAGAAUGAGAACGACUCCCUCAUCCAAUCAGAGAGGAGGGCCAAUUACACCAUAGAAACACUCAGAGACGAACUAGAAUCGCACCUCCUCAGGCUGUGUUCUUUGGAAGAGGAAGUGAUCCAGAAGGACCAGUUGUCGGAGGCACUGCAGAGGAUGAAAGACGAGUUCAGAGAUAUGGAACAAGAGAUUAAAGUGCAGAAACUGAAGAGCAGUGCUUCUGCCUCCAUCCUCGAUGCCUCAACAAACAACAACAACACUUCGCAACACCUUUCCAACAACACAACAGCAGCAUCACAUGUGAAACAGGACUCAACACUGUCAAAUGGAAGUAUCCACAAUAACAACACCAUCAACAAUAACAAUACAAUCAUGAAUGGAGUCAAGAAAGAGUCUUCGGAACAUAAUGGAGUGUCGACAACUCCGAGCACGUUACCUCGCAGCAGGAUGGGUUCUGUCAGCAUCAAGACGGAGCCCACAACUCCACUAGGGGGUUCCAAUCUCCAAAUGUACCAGUUCCCACCCCGUGCAGGCAAUACAACCAGCAGUGCAUUAAGUACGAACGGCGUGUACUCAACAAAUCACGAAAAAGGAGACUUAGCUCAGCAGCAGCCACCGACAGCUAAAGUGCACCCUAUCAAGAAGUCCAUGAACCAAACACACCAUCACUCUCAACAGGGUCAAAGUAUGUCCAUGCGUCACUCGUCCAGAUCUCAGGCACUGCAAAUAGUCAGCGACCUUCUGCGGAAAGUGUCCAACCUAGAAAGCAAGCUGGAGUCAUGUAGAAUGUAUUCUGUGGCCAUUCCCACCGGGGCAACGAACACAAAUAACGGACUUCAAACAAUCGGCGAUGGAAUCAACCAAUCUGAUGCGGUUUCGGAGUUUGUUCACAGUACGGAAGGGGCCUCUUUAAACGAUCAGAUACGGUACUACUAGUCUAUAAAUGGCGUAGAUUACAAAUUAGUCCACAAUUUACUCUCAUCAGUUGCUAUCGGUUUUAAAUCGCUGCUUUACCAAUUUCCUCGAAAAGUAGUAUUACAUAUAAUUGAAAGGAGUAAAUUCAAGCUCUUUUAACUGCUAGAUAUUCUAAACUUUUGUGUUCUUUUUGGACCAUUU